CACACGGCGACUCACAAUAUUCCAAUCCUUAGCAGCCUGAGGGACGCACACACUAGCACAGAGAGCAGAAAAGCAGCUAAACCAGACUAUACCGACUGGAAAAGAUCUGAACUACACCACAGGUUGCUGUCCAGGAUGGCGGGUAUGAAGGAGCAGCAGUUCACCGAGGAGAAGCCCCUGCUGCCGGAGCAGCGAGGAGCGGACUCAGACAUGGAAAGCUGUGAACAGCUGAUGCCAGCGGGGGAUUGGAAGGAACAUGAUAUCGAGACCCCUUAUGGGAUGCUGCACGUGGUGAUCCGCGGGGCACCCAAAGGAAACAAGCCUGCAAUCCUCACCUACCACGAUGUGGGACUGAACCACAAGCUGUGCUUCAACUCUUUCUUCAGUAAUGAGGAUAUGCAGGAGAUCACCAAGCACUUUGUGGUGUGCCAUGUCGACGCCCCGGGACAGCAGAUUGGAGCAUCGCAGUUGCCACAAGGGUACCAGUACCCCACCAUGGACCAGUUGGCCGCGAUGCUGCCCACUGUGGUGCAGCACUUUGGAUUUAAGAGCAUCGUUGGGAUCGGAGUUGGAGCUGGAGCUUACAUUCUGGCCAAGUUUGCUCUGAUCUUUCCUGACAUGGUGGAGGGUUUGGUUCUGCUCAACAUCGACCCCAACGGCAAAGGCUGGAUUGACUGGGCUGCCACCAAGCUGUCAGGUCUGACCAGUGCUCUGCCAGAUACUGUGCUGCCACAUCUUUUCAGCCAGGAGGAGCUGAUGAACAACACAGAGCUGGUGCAGAGCUACCGGCAACAGAUUAACAACACCAUCAACCAGUUCAACCUGCAGCUUUUCUGGAACAUGUACAACAGCCGGAGGGACCUUGAAAUGAAUCGCAGUGGGACGGUGCUCAACGCCAAGACUCUGAAGUGUCCUGCGAUGCUGGUUGUGGGAGACAACGCCCCGGCGGAGGAGGGAGUGGUGGAGUGCAAUUCCAAACUGGACCCAACCAACACCACCUUCCUGAAGAUGGCUGACUCUGGUGGACUUCCCCAGCUCACACAGCCCGGGAAGCUGACCGAAGCCUUCAAGUAUUUCCUGCAGGGAAUGGGCUACAUCGCUUAUGUGAAGGAUCGGAGGUUGAGUGGAGGGCCAGUGCCCUCCGCCAGUAUGACCCGCCUGGCUCGUUCCAGGACGGCCUCCCUGACCAGCGCCAGCUCCAUCGACGGGUCCCGCUCUCGGGCCUGCACCCAUUCCGACAGCACAGAGGGAGUCGGCCCGGUCACCCACACUAUGGAGGUGUCCUGCUGAGGAGUCGGCCAGCCCUAGAAAGAGGGAGGGGGUGGAGGGAUGGAGAGGGACAGAGCAAGACAGAAGGGAUGAUGGCCAAGAAAUGACGGGGGAGGGGUAUGAGGAAAAUGGGAAGGAUAGAAGGUGUGACUACUGCUGUGUCUCAAAUCGCCCACACCAAGCUACAGGACCACCAACGUUUCUUUCAAACUUCGAGGAAAAUACAGCGGUCAUGAUUGAAACAUGCGAACACCGAACUUUACAAAUGUACUUCAUACACUUGUUUAUUCAGUAAGUACUACUAUUCUGUAUUCAGAUAGUGAUACAGCAAGCCAAUAAAUAUUUUGGCAGGCGACAAUAGGUGGCGGUAAUGCUCUGCCCGGCUGCAAUUUACCAUUAAAAUGCAAAGGUAGAAGCAUUUUCGAUCAGUGCAUAACAACCGUGCGCGAUUUGAGACAACACUACCCUGUUGAAAUGUACGCACUACACAAUUAAGUACAUAGUGUACUCACGGGAGUAUCCAAUUGAGACACACCUUAACUCUCCGGAUCAGACAUGGUAGAUUGUAGAACGAGACAGCAACAGGAAGGAAAGUUCAUGAACAAGGUGGAGACAGCUCUCUCUUUGCUUCAUCUAUUUCAUCCGGAUCCCUUUGUCUGCCAUCUUUUCCCUCCUCCACUGUAAAAUAACAUGUGUUGCCCCCCCUCACCCAGCACUUAAACGAUUUAAGCAACUGUUUUUGUUCUUGCAGUGUUAUUCUUGUGUUUGCUGUCUCCUCUUUCUUUGCCUGCACCCCCACCACCCACGCCUCCACAGAAAAGGACGUAACGCUGUCUAUAUGAUAUGAGCUGCUGUUAAUAAUGUAAUUUGGAAAGGUGAGAAGAGGUGAAAGUGUGGGCAAGGAAAACACAACCUUUAGGUGGUACCUUAAUGAAAAAGUGUUGUGCAUCAGUAUUUUUGCAAACAGUUAUUAUUUUGUUGUUGUAUGGACAAAAUGUGAGUAUCUCUCUCACUGUUGUUUCUAAGAGAUGGUUUCUUCUCUCUAUGAGUGACUUUGAGGGUCAGAGGGUGUGUCCAGAAUUUAAAAGACAACAGUGCACAGCCCAUCAUAGCCAAGUGCACCUGUAGUGCUUUGAGAGGAUUUGUUAGCUUUUUUUAGUCUAAGUAGUAAGAGCAUAGCUAGCUAUAGUACACUACGCUGAUUUAAAGCUGCACUUGGUAAGAUUUUAUGUCAAACUUGUGAACUACACUUUGAAUGCAAAAAAAGUGAUAUUAUCUGCAUACAUGCGUUUCAGGCCGCAAGUCAUUAGCGAAAUGAGACCUAGCCACUACACCACCAGGGAGCUUAGCUGGCAUAAAUGUGCACCUCCAUCCAUUUGUAUUGCUUUUGCCAUGAUAAUGUGUAUGUGAUAUGGCCAAAAUACAACCAUAUUUGUGUUUAAAUAA